CUUCUUCUUCUUCUUCUUCAUGAAUAGACUCGACUUACCAGAGUAUGCUGAGGAUGCAGCCAUUUUACGGUUUUACCAUCUCGAUUCUUUAGAACCUGAGAUGUGGAUGGAUGAUGAGGAUAAUGCGGAUAAAGAACUAAAUAAUAACAAGUUCCAGCAUCCUGAGGAAGAGCAGCAACAGUUGGGCGCAACUGUUCGUCCAUCAGAAACCGAUAUUGAGUUACAGGCUUUAGAUGACAGCGACCCACUUGGUGUCUAUUCUUCUAUAUUCCCAGAUGAAAAGUCUCGAAAUACAAAUCUAACUCAACUAAAAGAAAAAGCGACCAUCAUGAUUACCAAUAAAAAGUUCCAACCACGACACUUUUUACUUCAAGUUCAUCGCAACACGUCUUAUAACGAACUGGUGCAAGGAGAAGAACGACUGAGGAGAGAUGUCGAUCAACGAGCUGAGGCCCUGAAAAGCCUAGUACAUCAAAACUUUGAUCGAUUUGUUAGUGCCAAGAAUACAAUUGAUCAUGUUUAUGACGAGAUGAAAUCGAAACAGUUGAAUCAACAGCAGGAUUAUGGCACAAUUGAUAUUCAAAAGGCAUUGGAAGCUGCCAAUAACCGAGCAGAGCAAAUCUAUGGACCCGUGGUUGAACGAAGACAACGUGUGGAAAAGGUCAAGGGGACGCUUUAUAUGUUGCAGAGAUAUCGAUUUUUAUUCAAUUUGCCUAAUAGCUUGAUGGAGUCUAUCAAACAGACAAAAUAUGAAGCGGCUAUUCGAGAUUACAAAAAGGGCAAGUACUUGUAUCAAGUGCUCAAGGGUGAUUUGGACUCAACAGAUGAAGCAGAGCAAAAGGAUAAUCGGUUGACGGACAUCCAUCUUAAAGUGUUUGAUAAAGUAUGGGCAGAGGCUGUAAAAAUCGUCUCUGAACUGCAAAAUGUAUUGCUUCGACAACUGGCUGAUCCCUGGCGAAGUAUGGAAGAGCAAGAAAAGACGAUCAACUUCUUGUUUGAUCUAGAUACCACAGAGGACCCUGCCUGGUUCUAUCUAGACAGUCAGCAUCAAUGGAUCACUGGUCUGAUGAAGGAAACAUUCGAUACAGCCAUUCAGAAAAUCAACCGUGUAAGAGCUGAGGAUGGAUCAGAAGACUCAUCAAUCAAACGCAGCCUAACUCUCAAAAAGGCUAUUUCACAAAUUCCUAUUCUGAAAGAGAUGGGUUCAGAGGAAGAGAAGCUUGAUAUCGAACAAAAGGUGUGGAGAGCGACAUCUGACCUUGUCAAGUCGCUUUCUUCCCUCUUGUUGCGAUGUUUACCUGAUUUUUGGCGACUGUCCAAAGCAUUCAUUGAAGGAAAGUUUGCAAACAAGACAUCGACAACAACCAUCAGCUCAAACCGAAAAAGACGACAAGGUAUGGACAUGAAUAAGGUUGAGCAGUGUCAGCGUAUGACGCGUGAUAUCAUUGAUCAAUACGUGUCACUCUUGUCUGAUUAUUUUUCACUGGAUCAAAAGCAACUGGAGAUGCAAAAGGUGAAGGAUGGGUCUGAAAGAUGUAUCAUGCCUUCAUUUGUGCCUGUGAAUGCCAAUUCGGUCUAUACUUCAGAGUAUUUGACCUUGAUCAUUGGUGAUUUAGCCACGUGUGUAAAUGAUAUAAACAACAUCAACUUGGCUGGUGAAGCGUUUUCUGGGCUGACUAAUCUGAUGGAAAAGGCACGAUCAAAGUUUAUAGACAUUGUGUGUAAAUGCUGGGAAAGAGAUGCAGUGUCAUUUUAUAUGCUGGAAGAGUGGAUACUUGAUCCACAAAACUCCCAGAUAACAACUCUGCUGAAACGAUACUAUGACUUUCACAAGUUUUGUGCAAGAUCAGUUCACAAGAUUGCCAGCUUGACAGCUAUGACAGAUGAAGCAGAUGAACAGCCAAAGAUGCCAAUUUCUCCAGUUCAUAUUGAAAAAAUAAGAGAAUCAUUUUUGACCUCUACGUAUGCCUUCCUGGACGGUCUAGUUCAGUUGGCCUUCACGGAUUAUACCCCCUUGAAUGAUAAAGAAGAGUUAAUAUUGACCAAAAAGAGAGGACAUAUUGAUGUCCAUUCGACGGACAUUCGUAUUCUGUUGACAGUGAGCAACUUGGAACAUAUGCGUGGUAAUGUUAUCAGGAAGCUCGUUGAACUUUUUGAAGUUGCAUUUAAUGUUCAGAUGAAAGAAGACUUUAGUACAUUAAUUGAUGUCGUUGACAAGCUGGACCAGAUCUUAUUUGGUGAUUAUAUCAAGCGUAAAUCUCAAACCAUUCGAGACAUCAUCAGACAAGGCAUAUUACACAGUGGCAUUGACUGGUCUAGUAUUCCCAAGCCACAAGAGGUGCAUCCGUUCGUUUAUGAGGCCUUGAUGACUUUGGUCAUGGUGCAUUCACAAAUAAGCGCUGUGACCAAACAGCUUGUCGGAAGAGCUCUUUCUCGUCUACUUGAACUAAUGGCCAGUGACUGUCUAGAAAGUUUUAAGCAAGUAGAGCGAUUCGGCAUGGGUGGUAUGCUCCAAGCAACUCUUGAGAUCGAAUUUAUGCAUCAAACAUUAUCUCAAUAUGUUACGCCAACUGCGUCCGAUACGCUACAACUCAUUUAUCAAACAAUCGAACAAGCCUAUGAUCCACAACAACAAUCUUCAAGUAAUCUCCAAGCUGAGCUGAGUCAUGUCAAAGAGCUUUUGGUGUUUAGUCGAAAAAGUACUGUUGUUCAAUUUUUAUGCUUCAAGCAAAAUAAGGACCGUAGAAAGACGGUUGCUAAAUAAACCA